UUUCUACCAGCCUGACGCUCAACAUGGAAAGUGUAGUUUCGCGCGUGGCUGAGUGUGCCUAAAAUCGUCCUUAUUUUUCCACUUUCUGAGUUCCAAAUCAGAUUUCAAAUCACAUCAGUGACCAUGAGCAAGCGAUUUGAGUUGAAACCUGCUGCCUUUCAGGCCAUCCAGAAUGUGAAUAUCGAGCAGAUUGCGAAAAUGGAUGAGGGUAGCAUUCGGGCCCUGCUGCCGUGCUUGGUCCGUAUGUCCCUGUGUGCUCCACUCGACGUGAGCCAGUCGUGGGUGGAGGGGCGCAAGCAGAUUCUGCGGGUGCUGUCUGGGUUGGAAGUGGUCAACUCGAUCGUCGCUCUGCUGUCUGUGGACUUUAAUGCGCUGGAGCAAGAUGCUAGGAAAGAACUUCAGAUGAGACAUAAACUGGGCGAGUCAGAGAAUCUUUUGACUGCUAACAUCCAACAUGGCCUGGCUCUGGAGUUUGAGCGAAGUGACCCGGCAAGAAGGCUACGUCUGCUCAUCAGUGAACUUCUGUUUAUUUCCAGUCAGAUUAAAGACACGACAGAUUUUGUGCGGAGACCCUGUGAAUUGUUUGAGAGUGAAGUCUACUUGGAAGAAGUGUCUGAUGUACUGUGUAUCGCACAAGCAGAGCUUCCGUCCCUACUUUCAAUUGACAAGAUGGCAGAGGCGCUCCUACGUGUUCAGUUUGGUCCUAUUCUACUCUGCAGGCUCGUUGCCAAUGUGCCAGACAGCUUCUUCCAAGUUUGCAAAAGCCUGAUUGUGAAUGGAGAGCGGCAGGACGAGGAUAGCUACGGUGGCCGGCGAAGGACACAGACACUGAGAAUGUUGGCAGCAAUGAGUCCCAGCCAGGCUCUCACUAUCAGAGCACUCGCUGUCGACCAGUGCAAGCUGCCCGGCCUGGCCAUUGCCUUGUCGUUAGACCACGACACAACUGACCAAUCAGAGAACAGAAUGAGUGACAUGGUCGGGUUCAUCAGCGGCUUGCUGCUUGGCAGUAACUCGGGCGUUCGCAACUGGUUUGCCCAAUUUGUACGCAAUGGGCAAAAGCACAAGGCUGACGCUAGCCUUUCUAUUCUCCAAGCUCUGCGGACGCACCUUCUGCAACAGCUUAAAGCAAUCAUCCCCUCCAAGGAGUUCCAUGGGAACCUCCCCGAGCGGCAAGUGGUACAGGCCAGUGCUGUGAUGAGACUGUACUGUGCACUCAAGGGGAUAGCUGGACUCAAGUUCAGUGAGGAAGAAGCUAAGCAGCUGUUACGUCUACUGAGUAGCCACCCUCUGCCCACACCCUCUGGUAUUCGCUUCAUCUGUCUGGGUCUGUGCAUGCUGUUUGCAUGUCCCUCUCUCAUCAGCCAAGAAGACGAGCACGUAGUGAUAGACUGGAUUAACUGGCUGGUCCGCGAGGGACCGAUGUUUGAGCGGGAGAGUGGUGUUAGCGCCUCGUUCAGCGAGAUGCUUCUAUUGAUGGCCAGUCAUUUCCAUGCCAACCAGGUCCAUGCUAUCAUCGACUUGGUCUGCUCAACGCUGGGUAUGAAGAUUCCAAUCAGACCCAACUCACUGGCCAGACUCAGACUGAUGUUCAUGCAGGAGGUCUUCACUGAGCAGGUUGUUACUGCUCAUGCCGUUACCGUUGCUGUGACCCCUGACCUGAGCGGCUCGAUAUCAGGCUAUUUACCCAUCCACUGUGUCUACAAUCUACUGCAGAGCCGCGCCUUUGCCAAACACAAAGUCCCAAUAAAGGACUGGAUUUUCAAGCAGAUUUGCCACAGUGCCCCUCCCCUCCACCCCCUUUUCCCACCCCUCCUAGAAGCCUAUGUGACCUCAGUGGUAGUGUCCACCCAGUCUGGCACCAAGCAGUACCGGAAUGCACCACUCACCGAGAGGGAGAUUCUGUCCGUGUACAAGACUUCCAAUGUGUCGUUGCUUAGGGCGUCAGUUGCUGAGGAUCCGGGCGUGGCUCGGGCGGGGCAGUGUGGUCUGACGGUUCAGCUGCUAAUGCUGUAUUAUCUACUGCUGUAUGAGGACUGCGUGCUUAGUAACAUGAAGACAUUGGUCAUGAACAACGAGCGUCCCCAGUCCUACUCAUCAAAGCUCACGUCCCAGAUACCCAUCAAGUAUCUCCUCCACGAAGCCCAGCGGCAUCAGCCUGACUACGCCGGUCUCUACCCCUCCCUCCUGCGUCUCCUAGCAACCCACUACCCUCACUUGUGUCUGGUGGAAGAUUGGUUGGGGGAGGAGCUAAUGGAGGAAGAAAUGGGAGGUGGGGUCAGAAAGAAGAGGAGGGUGAAGGGUGGGGGAGAAGGACAGAGAACGGUUGCAAAAUGCUCCCCAGCGAGACUUCAGAAUGCCCUGCAGCAUGCCUGUCAAGAUCCCUCCGAGUCUCUCCUACUCUUGAGACAUCUGUGUGAGCUGGAGCCUCAUCAUCUCAUGGACUUUGCUGAGGUCUUGGUGGGCAGUCUACCAGGCCUGCUAGGGGAACAGGUACCUCGUCAAGUCGUGACUUUGGCCAUCAAGCUGUGGAGGAUGCUGAACACUGUCAUGCUCAGGAGGUUGCGAGUGAUGACAGUGAAUGCGCUUGUAUGCACGAAGCCUGUGGUAGCUUUUACAGAGGAGGAUAUCACAUUGGACCCGCUGAUUGUGCUCAGAUGCGAUCUCAGAGUUUUCAGAUGUCCACCGAUUCUAGACAUAGUCAUGCAGAUGUUGACCGCUUACUUGGCCGCGUCCAGAGCCUUUCUGACCACACAUCUCCAGUCCAGUCCAAGCAUCAUCAGACGGCCGGAGCAAGGACUGACCCCCCAGCCUACCGAGCCAGAGAGGGAGGAGCUAAAGAGCGCCCUCAUUGCUGCGCAGGAGAGCACCGCUGUGCAGCUGCUGCUGGAGAUAUGUCUGCCGUUUGAAAACGAGGAGGUAAGUUUUUCUAAAAACUGUAUCCACAUCCUGAAAUGUUUUGCAUUGUUUUUGUAUCAUGAAGAUUGCCUAGACUGGAGACGUGACCUCAUUACACACGUGUAUAUGAGGACAGGCAACGGCCUCGUGCAUCUGAUAUCUGAUUGGUUGCUAUGCGUCUUGGCUCUGCCGCCUCCCCUGUAGUUUGAUUGGCCUACU